AUGGACUCCAAAAUCGCUCUUCUUAAAGAUGCCACUACUCGGCUCCGCAUAAACAGCAUCAAAGCCACGGAUGCCGCAAAAUCAGGCCAUCCCACCUCAUGUUCUUCCAUUGCCGAGGUCAUGGCUGUCCUCUUCCUCGAUGAGAUGAAAUACUUUGUUCAUCAGCCACGUCACCCCUCAAAUGACCGCUUUGUGCUGUCCAAGGGUCACGCGGCUCCCAUACUUUACGCCGCUUGGGCCGAAGUCGGACAUCUUUCAGAAAGUGAACUCCUCAAUCUGCGCAACAUUGACUCCGAUCUUGAAGGCCACCCUACGCCUCGCCUCGACUUUGUUGAUGUGGCUACAGGUUCCCUUGGCCAGGGUCUGAGCAAUGCUGCUGGUAUGGCUUACACGGGCAAGUACAUUGACAAAGCAAAGUACCGCGUCUACUGCAUAAUCGGUGACGGUGAAUCCGCUGAGGGUAGCAUAUGGGAGGCCCUGGCGUUUUCUUCUUACUACAAGCUGGACAACCUUGUGGCCAUUUUCGACGUCAACCGCCUCGGUCAGAGUCAGCCAGCAUGUCUCCAGCACGAUCUAGACUGCUACCGGCGUCGCGUUGAAGCUUUCGGAUGCCAUGCCAUAGUUGUGGACGGUCAUAAUAUUCCUGAACUUUUGAGGGCAUUUGAGACAGCCCGCUCAAUCAAGGGAAAGCCCGUGGCACUGAUUUUGAAGACCUAUAAGGGUUACGAUUUUCCUGGUAUCUCGGAUCAGGAGAACUGGCAUGGAAAGCCCCUGGGCACUAGCGCCGCCAAGACCAUUGAGCACUUAGAGAAGACGCUGAUCGUCCCCUCGACCUUGGGCAAACUAAAGCCUCAGGAACCAGUGGUAGACUGCAAGGAGAUGCAUCUCAUUGGCACCCUUAAGCUGACCACCCCUCCGCCCUAUAAGAAGGGUAAUAAGAUUGCGACGCGUGAGGCCUACGGCAAAGCUCUGGCGCGCCUGGGCUCCACCUAUUCGCGGAUAAUUGGUUUGGACGGAGACACAAAGAAUUCCACCUUUUCUAUCUACUUACGUGAUGCGCGACCAGAGCAGUUCAUUGAAUGCUUCAUAGCGGAGCAGAAUCUCGUGGGUGUGGCUAUUGGCUGUGCCACGCGUGAGCGCACUGUGCCUUUCGUGAGCACAUUUGCAGCUUUCCUAUCCCGCGCCUACGACCAAAUCCGUAUGGGUGCCAUCUCCCAGACCGACUGUAAUUUCGCCGGGUCCCAUGUCGGUGUCAGCAUUGGCGAAGACGGUGCUAGCCAGAUGGGGCUGGAAGAUCUGGCAAUGUUUCGUGCGAUCCGCGGUUCCACAGUCUUCUAUCCAUCAGACGCCGUGUCCUGUGAACGCGCCGUCGAGCUGGCCGCCAAUACUAAGGGUAUUUGCUUUAUCCGCACAGGUCGCCCUGCGGUCCCUGUCAUCUAUGAUGCUAAUGAGGACUUCGUCAUCGGUAAGGGCAAGAUUUGUCUGACGGCUCUGCCGAGCGGUGAGGAUCAUGUGACAGUGGUCGCUGCCGGCGUGACCCUCUUCGAGGCCUUAAAGGCUGCCGAGGUCUUGAAGGCGGAGGGUAUCAAUCUGCGCAUCAUUGACCCCUUCACUGUCAAGCCAAUUGACGCCGAAUUGAUCGCAUCCUCGGUCAAGUACACCCACGGUCGUCUCAUCACUGUGGAGGAUCAUGGACCUGAGGGCGGUCUGUCAGAGGCAGUGGCAGUAGCGCUAGGCGAGAGGGGUGUGAGCUUCACACAGCAUGUGCUAGCCGUCCAGGAGGUGCCACACUCCGGCAAGCCAGAUGAACUACUUGCUAAGUACCGUAUCAACGCGGCAGCCAUCUGCGAGGAAGCACGUGCUCUCAUGCGCGCCUAG